UGAUUUUUAACAUUUCUGUCCAAAAAGAAAGAAAAAAGAGGAUUCGGUGAAUCUUUUACAAAAUGUUGUGUUUAAGGACAUUGAGAAAGUGUUCGAAAGUAAUACAAAGAGGAAGUACACAAUGGCCUUCAGUAAUACAUAACUUCCACUCUAGUCCAUUUGGUAAAGCAAGUUAUGAUCCUGAAGAUUCACCGUAUGCGUUUAUGUAUCAGUCACAAAAUGAGAGUAAAUUUAAAGAAUACAAUAAAAUUGUUUAUCCACCACAAGACCCUACAGAGCCUCCUAGACCAGUUGAAUAUUUUCAUGAAGCCAGAGAUUUACGCUAUUCACCUAAGAAAAUGUGGAAAUUUACAGCUAUGAUAAGAGGAUUAUCAAUUGAUGAUGCUAUUAAAAAGGUAUCUUUUCUGCCAAACAAGGGAGCCAAAAUUUUAAAAGAGUGUUUACUAGAAGGUCAGAAAAUAGCAGUGAAAGCACAUGGAAUUGAAUAUCCUUCAAAUAUGUGGAUAGAGCAUGCAUAUUGUAACAGAGGAAAAAUUUUGAAGGGCAUGCGCUUAGCAUACAAGUUCCCUGCCCAGAUAAAGACUCGAUAUUGUCAUGUGUACAUUGUAUUCAGGGAGGGGAAUCCUCCAGAAGUCUACUAUCCCCCAGAUGAAAUGACAGGAUAUGAGAAAAUGGAAGACUACAUAAAGAAGCAAAGAGAACGGCGGAUUUUGCACUCAUUAUAACUCAAUAAAUAUUUUAAUAAAAUAAAUAA